AUUAAAAGUGACAAAAAUAAAUCAUAGGAAACAAAAUUUAUUUCGUGAGAAUUCCACCUCCUGAGUGUAUAUAAAAUGGCGUUGGCAUCGAUCUACCGGUUGUCGAUUGAUUCGACCUUCGGCAGCUUCAGCCAUUUGGGAGCCACCGUCCGCCGGAGUAACCCGUCUUUCUUGCAGUUCGCUAAAAGUUUCGCCAAAGAAGUUAAAAAAAUGGGUUUACCGCGUGUUUUCUUCGACAUGGCCGUCGACGGCUCGGCCGCCGGAAGAAUUGUUAUGGAAUUGAGAAGCGACGUUGUCCCCAAGACAGCCGAGAACUUCCGUGCUCUCUGCACAGGAGAGAAAGGGUUCGGCUACAAGGGCAGCAGCUUCCACCGAGUGAUCCCGAACUUCAUGUGCCAAGGAGGAGACUUCACAAACCACAACGGAACCGGGGGAAAGUCCAUCUACGGCAACAAAUUCGAGGACGAAAACUUCACUCUGAGGCACACCGAGCCGGGCAUUCUCUCCAUGGCCAACGCUGGACCUGGAACCAACGGCAGCCAGUUCUUCGUCACCUGUGUCAAGACCAGUUGGCUUGAUGGCAAGCAUGUGGUCUUUGGCAAAGUCAUCGAGGGAAUGGACGUUGUUAAGAAGCUGGAAUCCUUGGGCUCACAGAGCGGGAAAACAUCCAAGAAAAUCACCAUCGCUGAUUGCGGACAAUUGUAGAUCUGUAAAUCGUACGUAACACGACGAGAUACAGUAAUGACUGCACUAUUAUGUAGACUUUGAGUACCUUUUUUCUUCUACUUCCUGUCAUACGUAAAACAUUAUCCAAUACGAAUAGCUUCCAAUGAUUGGUCCAAGGCAACUAUAAUCUUGCCUCCUCAAUUAAAUUAAUAAAAUUAACAAUAAUGUAAAUGGUGAAUAAAAUAAUUACGCAGACACGGUACUUCUAGCAAGGUCUCGUCGCAAUAAAAUCUAAAUAAUAAAUAAAAAAUGAAAUUAAAAACAGAAGAAGAAAUAACAAAAGCUAUUAAUCUGGCUUUCACAACUAAUUAUGGUCUCAUUUGUGUUAGAUUCUCUGUCCAAGAUGCAGUUAUACUCGAUUCUCUUCAUUUAUCUUCAAGUAAUAAUACCUUUAAAGUUACAUUACACUCAUAACGACUUAUUAAUUGGUACCUUUUGUGACCGCUCGGUUGAUCGCUCUUCUUAUUCUGUAAAUUUACAAUUUUGUUACUCUGCAACAAAUAUUAUUCCUUUUAUAUUAUUAUUCACCUAAUUUUUUUUAUCAAUUACUAUUUACCGAUAUGGCAUUUACACAACUUCUUUGUACUCUCUGCAUAAUCAAUAAUUUAAAAAAUAAACAUUUUGAUUGAUAAUGUAUUAUAUUAAGUGUUAAAUCAUUCCGUUUUAUUGAUCGAAGAGUGUACAUUCAAUCGACGUCCUAUUUCUACUUAAUAAAAUUGUUUUCAGAUAAA